AUGUCACACCAUACCACUUCCAUCAAAAGCCAUCAAAAGCAAUAUGUCGGAUCCCAUGAGGAAGAGCAUCUUCCGACUAACCAGUUCCCGCCAACCCCACAACACCACGAGAGACCUGGGUCAAAAAGCCUCUAUGAGCUUCUGAAAGAAUAUUUCCUGCUUCUACUUCCUCCCAAGUUUCGAAUAGCACCAGUCUGCCAAAUGAUCAACCCCGACCAAGCAAUCGAUACAAAACACCCCAGACCAUUGAACGAUUAUGAGUUCGAAGCCCCUAACCGAGGCCUGCAGCUCAAUAGCUAUUCCCCUCAUGACCUACCAAUCUUCCUGCACCAUGUCCUUUCGACUCGCCCUCCGCUGAACGACGAAUACCAAAAAAUGCUAUCUUCAGACAUUGCAUUCACAUGGACAGCCGACCGUAUGAAGCAGCUGCUGGAUACGUGGAUGGUCCUAUUCGACGACUGGUUCUUUGCAGGACGGUUGAAGGAUACUCUCAAGGGGGUCAAUUUUCGUCGGCGCGUUGGGGACCAAUGCGAUGGAUACGAGUCUGCUCAUGGUGUGUACUCGCGGUACAAGAAGAAGAUCUGGAUCCAAAUCAUUCGCCGGAGUCGUGUGCAAUCUUACAUGUGUACUUAUGAAGAAUACUUCAUCUCUGUCCUUUUGCACGAGAUGGUUCAUGCGUUUAUUGAUUUGCACCACUGUCAGAAAAGUUGUUUUAUGGAUAAAGGAUUAAGACUCAAGCACGCCUCGCAAGGAUGUCUGGGUCAGGGCUGUCAUGGUAUGUAUAUUUUACUUUACCACCAAUGAUCAUGAGAUGCCCUAUAUGGGAUUGCAUCAAGUCCUAACUCUGGUAACAUAGGACCUCCAUUCGCAGAUUCUCUCAAAAUACUCCAGGACGCUUUGCAGAAGUCUGUGAAAUGGUAUGUUUGGGACACUCUACCACCAUCCGUCCUCCAAUCUAUGAAAACCGAACGCUGGCAGCCGCGUGAGGAACAAUUACAACACUGGAAUAUGAGAGAUUACUUCUUGGCAAAUUUGGGAGGUUGGGAUCCGGACAAGGAGCUCGCUGAAGAUCCAUGA